UUCCGGUUUAGCUUUGUAUCAUCAAGCGGCACAAGAACCUGGCAUGUCCGGUAACGGGUUGUUUGCUGCAGUCGGGAAUUUAAGGGCAGUGCAAUGGGUGCUAAGGAAUCACAUCAAAGACACCAAGAAGGGCAUUCCUCCAAGGCAUCACGUGAAAUCAACAGUCAACUGGAACACUUCUUUUCGAUCGUUGCAAAUGGUGAUAGAGUAAGCAGAGCCAAUUUUGUUAAUUAUUUUCCUGAGGUUGGUCGACCACUUGCAGAGAGACUGUUCACCUGUAUCAGUCCAUCAGAACCUGAAAGUACAAAACAGAAGUGUGCUGAACUGUUAUCACGGAUCCUGUCUGUAGCUACGACAUCAGCACAAAGCAGUGUGUAUAUUGCCACCUUCAGUGGUAUCACUCUCAAACCUCAAGAAGUAACAAACCUUCUUGAGUCGGCACUUAAGUUCUCCUUGCUCAGCGCUGGAAUUCCAGAGCAGCGCAGCGAUGCCGACAACCAUGCCAUUGGGGCAUUGGCCAGCGAGCUGACUUCCAAAAGCAUGAUCACAUCGGCUGUUGAGUGGAUGGAUGUCAACUGUCCGGAGCUGUUCACCGAGAUGCACCGGACCCUGGUGGGAUGGCUGCGGGGACAGGAGUCUUGCAGCUUUGCCAGUGUCGAUGGUGAAUUUUCCGGCCGGCUGCUAUGCAAAGCUUGGUGGUGGAUCCUUCAGUCCUCUCUCCCAAGCAUCUUUACAAAGAAAACCAAACACAGAUCAACUCAACAGUCUACGGGCACUGCAGAAGAACCAGCAUUGGACAAUCUUUGGGAUCUGCUCUACAGCAGCUCAGACCAUGGGCUCAGCACCAACCGGCUCCAGCAUCACGUGUUUGGGUACCGAGGCCCAACGCUCAUGAUAUUAAGCUGUGACGAGGAAUAUGUGUAUGCCGUGGCAGUGGACACAGAGUGGAGGGAAGGGACACAGUCUUGGGGAGGAAGUAGUUGUUGCAUCAUGAGACUGUCACCUGAUGUACAGAAACUUGAAGAGGGUGAUAAUAUGAUUUUCUUCAAUGAUCGAUCGCGCAACAUGCCUCGAGGUAUAAGCGUUGGACGGAACCCCAAAAAGAGAGUACUCACCUUCAAGGAAGGGAUGGAGGUUGUUGAACACAACCACAAGAGUGUGCCUGUGCGUACACUGGAGGUUUGGGGCUGUGGUGACUCUGCAGUAAGAACAGCCCAAGCUAGACAGAAGAAGAUGGAACUAAAGGAUGCUGAAAGAGCAGCAAAGGUGAAGCUUCCAGGGCAGUGGGAAGACAACCCCGACAGGUUGCUACUGGAGCUGGGCGGAGUUAAAGUCAACCAUGCUGAGCAGUUCGCUAGGGAUUGAUCACACUACUGCCUUUAUCAAUCAUACUAAUUCAGAAGGGGUUAAAACGUCCUAGCCAAUGUACAAUGAUGUACAUUGCUGCAAACCUAUUCUUAUUUAGUGCCAACAUCAAAUAUUUUCUAUUGCUGGAGGUCAAUUUUCUUUUGCCCAAUGCGUAAUGCAUAAAUGGGUCAUUCCAUGAGG